AUGACCAAUCCAACUAGACGAAACGAAUGCAAUGUUUGUCACAAAACAUUCGCCCGCCCAUCUGACGUCCAACGUCAUGAAGUCGUUCACACUGGAGAAAAGCCGUUCGAAUGUGACGUCUGUGGCUUCAGAUUUGGCUUCAAAUCAAAUUUAAACGCACAUCUUCGAACGAAACAUGCCUCUCAAACAUCGAAAAGCAGUCGCAACACGCCAAAAAAUUUGGGUUGCAAGGCCGGAAAGUCGACGAACCGUGUUCUGGAUAAGAAUCGGACUGCUUCAACACCAAAAACGAAGAAAAAUCGUUCGAAAGAAGCGCCAAAAAGAUCUCGGCAAGAAGAAGAGGAUUUGGAAGCGAUGGAUGAUGACAACGACCGGUCCGAGGAACAACCAGAAAUCGAUUCAGAUUCUGUAGUGUCUAUGAAUCAAGAAACUGGAAAUCACGGAAAUGGCGAUGAAGUGAUCGAUCUGUUUGAAUCGAAUGAAAAUAGAACUGAAGAAAAACCGCGCUUGAUGCUCGCCGCUCCGCUGCCAAAAAAGAGUAAAAUCAAUACUCCGCUGAUUAAAUCGACGCCUUUCCCCAUCAAAAUUGAGAAUCCAAUCGUUCAAGAAGUCGGUGAUUUGAUGCCUCUUAUGGGUCUAUCGACAUCUGCAUUCCCUCCAUCAGCUUCACAUCAGGGAGUUUUCGACAUGGAUAUGGAGUCAGAAAUUGGAAAUGUUUCGAAUAGUUCACCGAUCAAUACCCCGCAAUUUAGUUUCGAUGAAGACAUUCGUCAGAUUGCCCAUCAAUUGUCUCGUGUUGCCACCGCCCGUCCAGAAUGUCAUGAUGCCCUCCGUGAAGUUCUCUAUGGAACGAUUGUUGCAUUCGGAAGUGGAGGAUUCGAUAACAAUGUUGGAGAGUUCUUCAAGAAAAUGAACGAUCGUUACAACCAUUGA